AAGAAAUACGAGCGACGAUCAGUUAUUAAUUACUAAUAAUCGAAGAUUUUUUAUUUCAUCGAUUUUUCGAAGCAUUUUGAGAGUUUAAUCUAUCGUUUCGUCAUCGAGAAUCGAUAGAAAAUGGGAGGGGAAAAAAGGGAAGAAUCCAUGGUGAGAAUAAAUUGAGCAAUGGGACACCGUGGCGUCUUUUCUAGGCCGUUACCAAGGGAUACCGACUCUACGUUGUGUGUGACCAGGGAGGUAACGAACUAAGUGGAAACAGAACUGCGUGCACGAGGUGGUCAACCAUUAACCUAGAUUCUUUCUUGAUCUAAUCGCGAUUAUUAUUACAAAUAAUCCAAUCAUUUUUUUUAAUAUCAUUUCCACGAAUCAUUUCACACUUUUUCAAGCACGAUCCUUACCAAACGAAUUUCCAUUCCAAUCUCUCUCUCUCUCUCUCUCUCUUUCUCCAAAUUAUACUUUAAAAUCUUUCAAAAUCUCAUGUUCAUCGACGAUUUUUAGAAAGAAAUCUUCUUGAAAUCCAGUCAAAUCUUAUCUAGAGAGGCGUUCUCACGAACGGCCUAAAUUCUUCUUUAAAGCUUUUUCCAGAUCUAGACCAGUUAACCCAGUCCUGGAAUAAAUUCACGAAGCCUGUAAUAAAGGAUACCGCGAGAUCUCGAGCCUCCUGUAUCGACGACGCGAGUUCACGCGAGCGUGAUGGAGAGCGGUUAACCGGGAACCGGAAGUGGGUCAGCUAUCGACGCUUUUUACCUGUGUCUCCCAACCUGUGUGCCUGGAAUAAAAAGAUAUAGAGGAGACAGUUGAAAUAGAUUCGAGCAGUUUACUGUUAAUCUUCAUCACGGAUCUAUUUUACCACUAAUAAGGGUGUGGUGGUUCUCUGGUUAAAAUCGAACGUGACCGAUGGACGGAGCAUGGCUUCGAAAAUGGGUUUGGUGCAAACCGGCUAAAGGAUCCGAGAGCGCCGAUUACACCGAAGACGAUACACCGUCCGAAUACAUCGACGAUGACAACAACGACGACACCGAUGAUCUAGCCGAUGACGUGAACGAUACCGCCAGCGCCGUGGAUGACGACACGGCCAGUGCUAUCGAGGAACCGCAAAUCAUAUCGAGGCCCGAGAGUAUACGAAUGAGGAACGGAAGCACGAUAUACCUUCAUUGUCUCGUGAAAAAUGCAGACAAUUUCGCGGUCACCUGGAAAAAAGACGACAAUUUCAUGUAUCAGGAAGGGAAGAGGAUUGUUAUAUUACCGAACAAUACGUUGGUGAUACACGAUGCCAAUGUCAAUGACACUUCCGACGAUUACGAGUGCAGCAUCAUGCAUCCUAAAAAAACUGUUACGAUCAAGCACAGAGUGCAGGUCGUUUCUCAAGUUCCGCCCACGCAGAGAGUGGAUGUUACUUCUGAAAGGCCUCAAGUUCUACCUACGGACACGCAACGAAUGGAUGCUGCUUCUGAAAGGCCUCAGGUACCACCAUCGAUUCAUCACAAACAAUCGGAGAUACGUGUAAUCCCCGGUAAAAGGGUGGAAGUGAACGCUGGUGAUAACGUCACCCUCGGUUGCGAAACGAGGAUACAACCGAUACCUGAGAUAAAGUGGUACCACGAGAACGAAAGAGUUCAUAAUAAUAUACUCGUAUCCGGUAAUCGUAUCACUAUCAUGAAUAUUAAUAGGCACGAUGGUGGUCAUUAUCAGUGUUUGGCCGAGAAUGGGAUGGAGUCUCCACCUGUAGAAGCCAUUAACGUCAUUGUUAAUUACGCUCCAGAAAUAGAGACAAAGGGGAAAUGGGUGCACACCGGAGUCGGAGUAGAAUCGCGAUUAUCGUGUAUCGUGCAUGCUCAUCCGCAUGCUAACGUAACGUGGUUCAAGGAUCAGAAGAGAAUAUUACCGAAGAAAAACAGUAUAGAGCUUAAAGGAAACAAAACUCGAUACGUUCUUGAUAUUUUGCACACCCAACUCGAAGACUUGGCUAAUUACACGUGCGUAGCGGAGAACAAAUUGGGACGGACGGAAAAAACUAUUUCCCUUACCGGUCUUCCUUCUCAAGCAAUUAUUUCUGGUAGUGAGAUGACAAGAACCGCAUCAGGGUUAAUUUUAAAAUGGCACUUGGAAAGUUAUUCGCCGAUUAUUGAAUAUAAACUGCAAUAUCGUCGCAAAGAAGAUCCCGAAUGGAUUAUUGUGAAGCCUACGGUAACGAAUGGCAGAGGAAAUCAAUUCAUUGUCGAGCAUACAAUUGAAGGACUUCAACCUGGAUCGUACGAAGCAAUCGUUAUGGCUAGAAAUGACUUUGGGUGGUCUUUACCCUCGAAGCCGCAUACAUUUGUAGGAGAAUACGCAGAUGAGCAAGCUGAGAAUGUUAGAGGACCGUCAGCGGGUGUAUCUCAACCUGCUUUAGCUAUUGCAACACUAUUCCUAGUCGUUUCGUCCUGUGCCUUUACAAGUCUGUAAUUUACCGAACUCCUUAAACUAUAGGUAAUUUGCUGCAGCCAAAGCGUACACCAGCAAAUGCAAUGGUGGGUUUAGUGAAACAAGAAUGUCUAGGAGAACUGUAUAUUGCUGGUGUAAUAUAUUUUUUAAAAUAAUAUAUUAGUUAUAUUUAUUUUAAGCAAGAGAUAAAUAAUUAAUAUGUUCUCUAGAAUAAUAUUUGCAAAAAGAUAUUACCUAAAUUUUUUACUGCUGCUUGUUGAUUAUUCGAGCAAUCAAAGAUUUGGAAAUGAUACGAAAAAGAAAAUUAUAUUAUUAUUCAUGUUUAAAUAUAAUAAGCAAAAGUGCAUUUUUUGUAUCUACUAUAUAUUGUUUUUUUAUAAAAAUUUGUCAAAAUUUAAUUAUGGGCAUUCUUUAUGUAUAAAAAAAUACUUUCAGAUUAUGCAGCAUAAAUUAGAUAAUUCUCCUAGAUGUUCUGGUACGUAUUAUUAAAAAAAAAAAAAAGAGCAUUUUAAUUGUACUCUAAAUCAAGAGUAACUAUAAGGGAUAUUGUACUUUAAAAUAUAUUUAUAUAUCUAUAUAUAUAUAUUAUAUAUAUAUACGUACGCAUAAUUUAGUAUUCAUUGUACAUGUAUAAGUUCAGAGAUAUAUGAUUAUUAUUAUUAUAAUUUAUUUUUAUAUGCUUAAGAUAACUAAAUCCGUGUUCUAUAAUGUUGCUUAGUGCCAUGUACGCAAGUUUUUUUCUCGAUCGUGUACAGAAAUGGCACUGAUAAAUCAUCUUUCGAAAUACGAAAGAAGGAUAUGUAUGUAGGUACCUUACGUAUAAUAACAAAGAAAUAAUGUUAUUAAGAAUCGCCGUAGAAAAUCGACAAAAAAACAUGGGUUGAAAGCACAUAUACUGAUUGGCAUAUUGUUAGAAUUAAUUCCUUUCUCUCUUUCUUUUCCUACUAUAUGUGCUUCCAAUUCAAAUAAAUAUAAUAUUUUCAUUUGACUUUAAAGUAUAAUGUUAUGAGUGGACACGAAUGCCUGUUGAGAGUGCAAGGAUAAUGUAUUGUUUUUCGAAUUAGCUUGGUAGCUUUAGUACAUAUACACGUCGUUGCAUUGAUUUUUAACAACCGUUACAAUCAAUAGAUUAUAGAUUAAAAAAUAAAUAUUGUACAAAAAUAUUGUCGGUUCCAACAAAUGGUGCACAUUAUGUAAACGUUAAAUGUAAAAAUUUCAGUCACGCUUAUCUUGACGCUCUGUAUAUGACAAUCCUUACUUUUGUAUAGCGUUCGUUGCAUUUAUUCAUUUGAUAAUAAAUUCGUUGCAUAAGUUCAAACACAAGUUACAAAUACUUUCUCAAAAUUUUUUAUAGGAGAGCACUUUUUUAAACUUUCAGUAAUGUAUAUUAGAUUAAUUCUAUGUCUCUAUUUUAUUAACUUAAGAUUUAGAUUAUUAUUUAAAUUAUUUUUCUGUACCUCAAAGAAUCGAUUAAAAAUGUUAUACAAGGA